UCUCUUUUCCGGCUCCAGGAGGCCUAGUGGGGGGAGGGAAACUAUCGAUGCUUUGCGGGGUAGUGGGGGUGGAAGAAGAAUUGGGUGCACCUUGAAAUGGCUCGGAUGCUGGACGAGCAGAGAGGGAGCACGCCCUUGGUGGCGGAAGGGAAGUUGGAUGCCGAGGUUAAGCUCAUUCUGUACCACUGGACGCACUCCUUCAGCUCCCAAAAGGUGCGCUUGGUAAUUGCUGAAAAGGCAUUGAAGUGCGAGGAACAUGAUGUAAGUCUGCCCCUCAGUGAGCACAAUGAGCCUUGGUUUAUGCGUUUGAACUCAACUGGAGAAGUGCCUGUCCUUAUCCACGGGGAAAACAUUAUUUGUGAGGCUACUCAGAUCAUUGAUUAUCUUGAACAGACUUUCCUGGAUGAAAAAACACCCAGGUUAAUGCCUGAUAAAGGAAGCAUGUAUUAUCCACGGGUACAACACUACCGAGAACUGCUCGACUCCUUGCCAAUGGAUGCUUAUACACAUGGCUGCAUUUUACAUCCUGAGCUAACUGUGGACUCCAUGAUUCCAGCUUAUGCAACAACAAGGAUUCGCAGCCAAAUUGGUAACACAGAAUCUGAACUGAAGAAACUUGCUGAAGAAAACCCAGAUUUACAAGAGGCAUACAUUGCAAAACAGAAGCGACUUAAAUCAAAGCUGCUUGACCAUGACAAUGUCAAAUAUUUGAAAAAAAUUCUUGAUGAGUUGGAGAAAGUCUUGGAUCAGGUUGAAACUGAGUUGCAAAGAAGAAAUGAAGAAACCCCAGAAGAGGGCCGCCAGCCUUGGCUCUGUGGAGAGUCCUUCACCCUGGCAGAUGUCUCGCUCGCUGUCACAUUGCAUCGACUGAAGUUCCUGGGGUUUGCAAGGAGAAACUGGGGAAAUGGAAAGCGACCCAACUUGGAAACAUACUAUGAGCGUGUCUUGAAGAGAAAAACAUUUAACAAGGUUUUAGGGCAUGUCAACAAUAUAUUAAUCUCUGCAGUGCUGCCCACGGCACUCCGGGUGGCCAAGAAAAGGGCCCCAAAAGUUCUUGGUACCACCCUUGUGGUUGGUUUGCUUGCAGGAAUGGGAUAUUUUGCUUUUAUGCUGUUCAGAAAGAGACUUGGGAGCAUGAUAUUAGCACUCAGACCCAGACCAAAUUAUUUCUAGGCUUGUAGGGAUCCAGUGGUGCCAAUUCACCCUACCAUUUAACUUGACCUUGUCCACUCUGCCAGGCCCAAGGGAGAAUGACCCCAGGCAACAGUAAAAAGCUAUUUUACUUUAUUUUUUGGGUAGUUUAUGCAGGGAGAGGAGGCAAUGAAAUGUUUUUUUCAUGGGCUGGUAGUGUUGAGACUACUGAUUUUCCAGACUGAACUAAUCUACCCUUAAAAUACUCACAAGGUUAAGGUGUAUAAAUGUGAUAGGUUGAGAAUAGUCCUUGAACUCAAAAUACCAGUUCAAGUUCUGAAUUUUGCAGGGGCAGAGGUUAUUAUUACAAGCAGACAGUAAUAAUAACCUGAGAUUGCCCAUAGCUCUUUAUCUGAGAGUCUCUAGAUAUGCUGAGUGUUGAGUAGUUAGCAGAAUUUCUCCCUGGAAUUCAGAUGUCAUCUUUAUUACACAGCAUGGGUUCAGACAGCAGCAGGGCACAGCAGUGCUUAUUGCUAGCAUUGCUAGCUUCAGGCAGAAAUAAGGGAGGCAAAGGGAGAGAGAGAAAGGAUGAAUAAAGUCUACACUGUAUAGUGCAGAGCAGCAGAAUGCAACUUUCAGGAGCCUCCAGAAUUACUCAGGGCUGCCUGGCCCCUUAGUAAGCAUUACUGUGACACCCUGAACCCACUGCCCAUGCAUACUCUUAUAGUGGAGAACCUUGGAAAAUAAGACUAAGUAGUUACUAGGCAGAGUGGGCUGGAGAAAACCCCAGCCUUUAUAUUUACAUUUGACUUUAGAGUUAACUUUAAAUGCAUAUGAAUCACAUGCACUGAUUUAAUAAGAUUAACUGCAUAUAUACUUGGGUGAGAGAUGCCCACUGGAGCAUGUCUGCCUAUCAUUUACAUGAAAAUUUAAAGUGGUAUGAAAAUGGUUCCUUUCUUUUCAUGGUUCCCCAAUUUGAUGGUGCCUAUGGACUGUUAUGUCCAGUCACUGGGGACUUGGCCUCUACAGCCCCCUUUAUGCAUACAAGUAGCAUUUGGUGAGUGUCCAACUCAUCACUAGCAUGGUGUGUGGCUGGGUAGUGGACUUGGAUGAUCUUGGAGUACUAAAUAUGCUCAUUCUGCAUUUGGAAGGCUGAUGUGUUAACUCAAAAACUAUUAUCAAGGACUUGCAUCUGUUUAUGAUCAUCAACAAAGCUUUAGAAGGUUAUAGAAGAAGAGAAAGUUCUAGUCUUAGCCCUUGGCAGUUAAUUUAGGGGAGAUGAAAUAAAUGGUUAGACAGUGAUAUCCACCAGUAUCCAUUCAUAUAUGUCUAGGCAAUUUAGGGGGUGUCUCAGUCUGUGUGGAAGGGAUGAUCACAGUGCAUCCCAUGAGCAACCAGAGAGCUGCAUCAUACAGUUUGGCUCAGGAAAAUUUUUCAUGGUAACAGGAAGACACAGUUUUUUUAGAGCUGGGCAGAAAGGCCUUAGGAGCGAUGUCCAG